AGACUGUCCAGUGUGAAGUAACAUCACAGCAGCUGAUCUUUUCAAUCACCACCUGUCCCAGGAUCGGCCACUGAAACAAGAAUGUCCUCUAUAGAUCCUUAUCAACACAUUACGGUGGAACACCAAUAUUCACACAAAUUCACUGUGACUGUAAAGGAAGCCAAGAAUGUUACCAAGGGUGCCCUUGGAGAUAUGCUUGACACGCCUGACCCAUAUGUAGAGCUGUUCAUCCCUACAGCCCCCGACAGCAGAAAGAGAACAAAGCACAUCGAUAACAUUGUGAAUCCAGAGUGGAAUGAGACCUUUGAGUUCAUAUUGGAUCCUAACCAGGAAAAUGUUCUUGAGAUCACUCUUAUGGAUGCCAAUUAUGUGAUGGAUGAGACUCUUGGUUCAGCAACAUUUCACAUCUCAUCACUUAAAGUUGGAGAGAAGAAAGAAGUUCCAUUCAUCAUCAAUCAAGUCACAGAAAUUACUUUGGAGAUAUCUCUUGAGGUUUGCUCUUCGACAGACCUCCGCUUCAGCAUGGCACUGUGUGAUGAAGAAAAGACUUUCCGACAUCAGCGGAAGAUGAGAAUAAUGCAGCAUUUGAACAGUUUCCUGGGGUCUACAAAGGCCAACCACUUGACCUCUGUUCGUGAUGUCCCGGUGAUUGGAAUACUGGGGUCUGGUGGCGGAUUCCGUGCCAUGGUGGGGUUUGCUGGCGUGAUGAAGGCACUGUACGAAUCCGGGAUUUUAGACUGUGCAACGUAUAUUGCUGCUCUGUCUGGAUCUACAUGGUACAUGUCCACAUUAUAUUCUCACCCGGAUUUCCCAGUGAAAGGACCAAAGGAGAUAAAUGAAGAAUUGAUGAAGAGUGUCAGUCACAACCCGUUAAAGUUGCUUACUCCUCAGAAAGUCAAGCGAUACAUUGAAGCCUUAUGGAAAAAGAAGAGUUCUGGCCAGCCUGUUACAUUUACAGAUAUCUUUGGAAUGUUGAUAGGAGAAACGCUAAUCCAAAAUAGGAUGGACACUACUUUGAGUGAUAUGAAGGAGAAAGUCAAUAAGGCACAGUCUGCUCUGCCACUCUUUACGUGCCUCCAUGUUAAACCUGAUGUAUCGGAACUGAUGUUUGCUGAUUGGGUUGAAUUCAGUCCCUAUGAAAUUGGGAUGGCUAAAUAUGGCACCUUCAUGCCUCCCAAUUUGUUUGGCAGCAAAUUUUUUAUGGGAACGGAAGUGAAAAGAUACAUAGAGAACCCCUUGCAUUUCUUAAUGGGUAUCUGGGGAAGUGCAUUUGCUAUUCUAUUCAACAGAGUCCUUGGAGUUUCCAAUUCUCAAAAUAAAGGGCCCACAAUGGAAGAAGAACUAGAAAACAUCAGGCUGAGGCAUCUAGUGAGCAACGAUUCAGACAGCGAUGAUGAGUCACAGGGUCCAAAAGGCUCAGAAAACCCUGACUCCAAAAAUGAGCACAGCAGCCAGGAAAGCUGGGUCCAGAGGAUGUUCAUGGCUCUUGUGGGAGACAGUGCCCUUUUCAACACCAGAGAAGGGCGGGCAGGCAAAGUGCACAAUUUCAUGCUGGGUUUGAAUCUCAACACAUGCUAUCCAUUUUCCCCUCUGGCUGGCUUCAAUACUCAAGAAUCUGUAGAGGAAGAUGAAAUGGAUACUGCUGUGGCAGAUCCUGAUGAAUUUGAUAGGAUCUACGAACCAUUAGAUGUCCAGAGCAAGAAGAUACAUGUUGUAGAUAGUGGACUCACAUUCAACCUGCCCUAUCCGCUUAUCUUGCGGCCACAAAGAGGAGUUGACCUCAUCAUCUCAUUUGAUUUUUCUGCACGUCCUAGUGAUUCCAGCCCUCCUUUCAAGGAAAUUUUACUUGCUGAAAAAUGGGCCAAAAUGAACAAACUUCCUUUCCCCAAAAUAGACCCACAUGUGUUUGAUCGUGAGGGAUUAAAGGAGUGCUAUGUCUUCAAACCCAAGAACCCUGCAUCGGACAUCGAUUGUCCAACAAUUAUCCACUUUGUUUUGGCUAAUAUAAAUUUCAGAGACUUCAAAGCACCAGGUGUUCCUAGAGAAACACAGGAAGAAAAGGAUUUUGCUGACUUUGAUAUUUUUGAUGACGCCGAUACACCAUACUCCACCUUCAACUUCCAGUAUUCGAACGAGGCUUUCAAGAGGCUGCAUGAUCUGAUGGAAUUCAAUACUCUCAAUAACUUAGACAUCAUCAAGGAAGCGAUCGCGGACAGCAUUGAGUACAGGAGGCAGAACCCGUCCCGUUGCUCCGUGUCCCUCAGCAGCGUGGAGGCAAGGCGAUAUUUCAACAAACCCCAGAACAAUAACCAUGCCUAG